AGAUCCUAAAUAAUCUCAUCCUCACUUUGUAUAUAAUCAAAUCGUUCUCUUCUUCUCUUUUUGGUUUUUACUAUAAUCAAAUCUUUCUUUUCAAGCUUCCUAACUCUCAACAAAUUAAAUUUUCACCGUGAUGGCUUUCAGAAUCAUCAGGCAAUUGCGACCGGUCGGAAACCAAUUUGGUGGCUCUCGCCGCUUCGCAACCACCGUCGCCGAUGGUGCCAAACAAACAUAUAACAAGUUCUCUGUAACGGGAGAUUUUGCACCAGUGGCAAUAAUAGGAGGAUUUGUUGGUCUAACGGUGCUAAUGGCAGGACAUAGCCUGAAGCAGCAGCUUGUGCAUUCUCCGGCUAUCAGUACAAGAAAGAAUAGAAGAGCUGCUGUAGCUGAGGUCGAUGAUCCUGAGAAUUGUGUUUCCUCCGCUGACAAAUUCAUCAACAAGUCUUGGCUACGUAAAGUUGGUCAGAUUCAAGAUAAGUCUAAAGCUAUCUUAUCUGAUCCCACCCGACCUAACCCAUACACCACGCCUCGAAAUGCAGAGACAUUGAACUCCGUUGGUGUGGCUCCAAAGGGUAUCUGAUAACCUUCUGAAGAGUCGAUCAAGUUUUUUGUUUUUGUGCUGCUUUCAAAUAAAAUUUGCAUUUAUCUUUUCUAAGUUCUUUGUUCUAAUUAAUCUGUACAUAUAAAAUAAUCUCUUUGAGCUUGUUUCAAAUAAAGUCUCUUUCUUAUUCUU